AUGUUGGAACAUGCAAAUUAUUUACAGAAAAUAUUAACUGACUUUGGCAAAGAGGAAGAAGCUACAUUGAUUGCAAUUAGUGAAGAUUAUAAGUACCAUCUUAUCAUAUAUCCAUCAGAACUUGUUAUCUCAGAAGCAGCAUUAGAACUGCUUUUAGAUAAUAAUAUUAAAUUUGAAAUAUUGAAUGAAUUGGAUAAUGCCUUUCAAUCUGAUAGUAUCCUUAAUGCUGGUAGUCAAGGAGAAUUGGUUAUAAGAUUGCUAUUUUUGAGUGCUUAA